GGAUUGCUCGCUUCCCGUCGAGGCAAGCGAUGGGAGCUUCUUCCACUGGUCCGACCGUCGCAGCAUGGAUUCAGAUGACGACCCGACCAUGAUGCUUGAUCAAGCGCCAAGGUGGAUGGACUCGGCGUUUUCCAUGUGUCCCUCCCUGCACCCUUCAGCCCGGCCAUCCCACCUGGACCGCGCCGGCCACCUCUCCCCCAUCAGCACCAGCAUGGACAUGAUCAUGACCGCCGAUGGUGCCUGUGACACCAGCUGCCCUCCAUCGGCAACCGCCCCCGCCAUGAUCCACUCAGCAUCCUCCUCCUCCUCCUGCGACGGCGACGCUUGGAGCAACAGGUUCGGGGACUCGGACGACCACAGCGCCGGCGAGAGUGCCCACGAUGGCGAUGCCAACUGGGAGCAGGGCUCUGACGAUGUCCUCACCCUCCCCAAGACGGAACCGAUGGACGACGAUGACUACGUCUGCAUGGAUGACCUCAAGGAGGCGCCGCUGCCUCCUAUCCCCAGCAGCGAACUCGUGACGGCGGGCAUUCCCAAGGUCAAGAGGCCAAGGGGCCGCCCACGGAAGCACCCCCUGCCAGCCAACUGCGCAGCAAACAAGGUCACCAAGGGGCGUUCCAAGACGGGCUGCAUCACCUGCCGAAAGCGUAAGAAGAAGUGCGACGAGGCCAAACCGCGAUGCAUGAAUUGUGAAAAGAAUGCUGUCGUUUGCGAGGGCUAUCCAGAGAAACAGAUCUGGAAGAGCGGCAAGGAGAGGGCCGAAGAAGCACGCCUCCAAACGUCCAUCCCAACCGUCACCAUGCAGCCCAUCUUUGAAGGACUCGAGACGCUUGAAGAUCGAAUUUUCUGGAAGCAUUACAAUGAUCACCUCAGCACAGUCCUAACCGUCGAGGGCGAGCAUAGGAAUGCAUUCAAGGAGAUGCUCAUUCCCAUCGCCACCAGAGACAAGGGCCUGAUGCACUCGAUCCUUUCGGUUUCCAGCACCCACCUGGACCUCGACACUCCAUAUGGUUCCAGCCUCCUCAAGAAACAUCCCAAGACGACGGCUGCGGCCUUGGCUGAGCGCUCAAGCCACCACCGCGCUCAGGCCAUAAAUGCGCUGCAGAACCGUGAUCCCAGGAGUUCUGAUCUCUCCCUGUCGGCGACGUACGGCCAGAUGCUGUGCCUCAUCCUCGAGAGCGUCGCCGAGGGCCGGUCCGACGGGCUGCAUCAGCUGCACCUAAAAGGGUAUCAAAGGCUCGUCCGUGAGUCUCCACCGCAGGACCCCGCGCUCCGCGCCUUCAUCACCGAGUUUUUCCAAUACCACAUCUUUGCCGACGAGCUCCUCAGUCAACAGGAAGAUGCUGUGGCCUACGAGCUCUACGAGGAGCUUGUACUCUCGCCACCUGCCGAGUGCCAGGAGGCUCCGCGAUUGCUGGGCGUCGUUGACGGGCUCUUUGGUCACCUUGGUGAGAUCACGUCGAUCCGCAACCGCAUCAGGGGGCACUUGGAGGCGCACAUCGACCCUCUGGUUGACUACCCCAGCCUUUUCAAGGCCGAGGCCAUCAAUCAUGCCAUAUCGGAUUGGGAGCCGAGCUGGCCUAGAGGCGACAGCAGGGAGCGUGUGGCUCCGCUGUAUAAACAGAUGAUGUGGGUAUACCUGUACCGCACCGUGUAUCCGCCCUCGACAUCACCGGCCUCGCCAGCCCCUUCGGCGAGCAGUGUGGCCACAGCAUCCACGGUUUCCGAGGUAUCUCUCCCUCCGCGCAGCAUGCACUAUCGCGUCUCGAACGCCGCCCCUGUUGGAGGGUCGACAUCUCUGGUCAACACGCCACCGAGGUCGCCUGACGGCUCCUGUUCGCCAUCUCCUGAACUGCUUUCGAACAAUCCUGCUUCCAUGCGGACUCAAGGCCAGGACGUCCCGACCCCUCACAGCCCACGGCAUAACUCCAUCACACACCAGAAUGUCUCGGCCCAUUGCCCCCUUUCCUCGGCUGCCUCAUCCUUGUCAUAUUCUAGCUGCGACAGCUCCUCUCCGCAUACCAAGAGGUCAGGCUCAACCUCGUCGUCGAGCGACGUGGUUCAUCAGCAAGGCCAGCACCCGUACCAACAACAGGCGGUGUUGGACCAACACCACUGUAAGGCCAGCUCGCCGCCGCCGGUCCGGGUCCCCUGCCAGGAGGACCGGAGGGUGACGCUGGCGGUUGAGCAGUCGCUUGACAUCAUCGACUCUAUCACGCCGACGGACCCGGCGCAGACGCUCCUCCUGAUCCCGUGUCUCGUGGUGGGGACAGCGUGCUUCGCGCCGCAGCAGCAAGACCGCAUUCGCGCUGCCGUACACACCGUCAGGGGCUACACUGGCCUGCGCAACGCGGACCGAGUCCUGGAGCUGCUCGAGGAGGUCUGGCGGCUCAUGGCCGAGGGGGACUGGCUCGCUGUUUGGGACUGGCAGGGCGUUGCCUCUCGCAAGGGGCUCAAUUUCCUGUGCGCUUGACCCUUCGGUCACUCUGCUCACCAAAAGAAGUUUUCUUCUCUGCAUCUUUUCCAUUGGAUUUCCUAUGGGAUGGGCUUUUCAUCAUUGUCAUUCCUAUCUCUGUGUUUUUCACAAAUACCUGUACUCGUGUGUUUACUCACACAGCUGGCGCCGCGGGCUCGACUCACUUGUUUCCCUCCCGGCCUAGCUAGCGUUCGCUUCUGCCUUUCUAUCUUCUUGUUUCACACUAUACCCGCUCGCUAUUUCCGCCGGCUUGUUUCCGGGCUGUUUGCUAGAUAGUGCGCGACUUCCUUUCGUUUUAUUGUCGUUUCGGGACCGGUUAUUGCAUGUGGCGGGCAGUUGGUGGUGUUGACAGGAUUCUGGGUUAUGGCUUAGGGGUCUUUUUCCAAAGCGAUGGUAGGAUAUCACCGGCUGGGCACAGGGGUAACACGGCACGGCUCAUAUACAUGGUCAAGAGAAAAGGACAUAAAUGGUAUUGGUAGUUUUUGAUGGACAGAGGCUUCACAAUCACAACCACUCUGGACACUGAGCGCUUGGUAU